AGGGCCUGUAAAUAAGCAAUGUACAUACUACUUACUUACCUGGUUACCAUGGCAACAACUUUUUUAUUCAUAAUUUCAGUUGCUAACAAACUCCAUUUUGUAGGUUAAGUUCAUAAGUAAAAAGUUGAAUGAUCUUGGUGCAGAAGAUUCUCUUCAUCUGCCUCGUCAUAGAACAGACCUCAGGUAACCCAUGGCAACAAAAUCUACCUACCUGGUUACCAUGGCAACCACUAGCUGUCCCACCUUACAUCCCUGACACACUACAACAAGCAAUGCUUGCUAACCUAACCUCACACUCUCUCUUCUCAAGCUUCAAAGGGUUUGGUAACCUUGGUAACCUUGGUAACCUUGGUAACCAGACUCAGUGCAAUGCUAAACUCUCCCAACUCACAUCCGGUCUCACUUCAUUCAACCCGGAGAGUAUAGCGUUUAUAGACGCUCUUGGUAAACCGGGUCCAGGUGUAACUACAGGGAACUUCCUGUGGCUGGGGAACUACGAAAUGUGCGGGACAGGAGCACUGGGGAAUAAAAGUACAGGGUACAGGUAUGAGAACUGUGUUGUCUCCGCACCGCUCACUCUAGGAGGCUACCCUCUUGCUCUUGUGUGGACAGGCUGCAGUCCUCCCGAGUGUAGAAGCACUGCUGAUCUACAGGAUGUCUUCAAGCAGAUUGCUGCUCUGAUCAAUAAAUCAGGGAUUAUUCACACUGACCCAGCCAAGUGGGUUGCACAGUGUGAUGUUAAACAAGAGUUUGAUGCCGGAGCCUAUGCAGCUGUCACUAUCAUCUCCAUCUUCACACUCCUGGUCGUGGUAGGCACACUGUGGUACCUCUUGGAACCAAUAAUAAUAAGCUUCAUGGAGGGUGGUAAAGACGAUACAACAGUGCUAGUUGACGCGGAGGAAACCCCGUACGAAGAUGUAGACAAGCAGCCCACUGAGGAGAAGUACCGGUCACCCAACCAGCCGGAGUGGUUACUGGGCAGGUUUAUGAAGUGUUUCGCUCUGCAGAGGACCAUGGAGACUCUCUUCUCCACCGCUACUAAACCAGGCCAGGUGCUCUGUCUGAACGGCAUCAGGGUUCUCAGUAUCAACUGGGUGGUUCUAGGACACUCAUACCUCUUAGCAAUAACAGUCUCCACCUACAAUGGGUUCACUUACGCAACUCAGCUCCUGAAGAGAAGAAACUUCCUGAUCAUAUUUAAUGGUUUCCCUUCUGUUGACUCCUUCUUUGCUCUGAGCGGGUUCCUGGUGACAUACCUCCUGUUAAAGCAGCUUACUAAGAGAGGUGGUCUAACUCCACUACAAUGGAUAGCGUUCUACUUCCACAGGUACGUAAGACUGACACUACCCUACUUGGUAGCAAUGCUGAUUGAAGGGUGGCUCUACAGACUGGUCAUGACAGGACCCACUGCUCAACAAGUAACCUCCUCACCACAGAGUUCCCAUGCAAUGUGUGAGAGGUACUGGUACACUAACCUCCUCUACAUAAACAACCUGGUUCCCUGGAAGAACAGUGGGUCAGAAGCCUGUGUGGGGCAGGGCUGGUACCUUGCUAAUGACAUGCAGUUCUUCCUCGUAGCUCCUCUCUUCAUAGUGCUACUGUUAGGGAGACCUUUACUUGGAGUGAUGGUUACUGGUGGUACUAUACUCUGUAGUGCUAUCACCACUGCUGUCAUCACAGCACAUUACCAUUUAGGACCUGCUUCAACUGCAGACCCUAACCCGGACCAGUUCUGGCUGCUGUACAAUAAACCCUGGAUCAGGAUAACACCGUAUCUAGUGGGGAUAUUAGGGGGCUGGUUCUAUUGGAAAUGGGGACAACAGGUCACAGAGAGAGUGAAGAUUCUGCCGGAGUGGCAGAAAGUGUUGUGUGCUACACCAAUAUGGGCAAUAACAGCUGCUGUGGAGUACGCUGUUGUAUUCGGGCUGUACCAUGAUAUACAGCUGAACAUCAACCAGGAAGGGAAACCGAGCGAAGUGGAGAGUGUAUCCUACCAGGGUCUAGCAAGGAUCGCCUGGUCUUUGUCCCUGACCACACAGAUCCUGAUGUGCCAGUGUGGUUUGGGAGGGUUCAUUAACUCCCUCCUCAGCUGGAGUGGGUGGCAGCUCCUCUCCAGACUCACUUACUCCGUCUUCCUCCUCCACCUGGGUCUGAUAACACUGCUGGCUGGUCAGAUGAGACAUGCUUUCUUCCUCAACCCUGACUUUGAGUUUGCUGUGUCUUAUCUGGGCAUACUGACCAUGUCUUACCUCUCUGCUGCUGUUCUGUACCUUACUGUGGAACAACCUGUUGCUAACCUAGAGGGUAUCACAUAUAGGAAGAGUACGUAAUGCAGUGCCGCUGAGUGGCUCCUGUACGUGGUUACUAUGUGUGGUUACUAUGGGUGGUAACUAUGUGUGGUUACUAUGGGUGGUUACUAUGAGUGGUUACUAUGGGUGGUAACUAUGAGUGACUGUGUGCCAACUAUAAACUUAUAAAAACUAUGGUGCAUAAAGUGAAAAAGAUUCUACCAGGUUUCGCGUAUCACCAAUCGGACUGUAGAGAUCAAGUCUGAAAAAUUAGGUUUUUUUUUUCUGAUUUGCUAAUCCUCAGCAAUAUCAGAAGAGUUUGACUUUAGCAAGUAAAAGGACACAAUUGCUAUGCUAGUGUAUCUUGGAAAAUGGAAUGUUGAGUAAUUUUUGAGUCAUGUUUCACUUGUUGAUUUAAUUUUAGGAAUAAAUUGUUUCUGUAAUUUGUCCGAUCGAAUGUGAAUUAUUGUUUACUAUUAUGAUCUUUUGGAUGAUGAUUAAUCAC